UGCGGUUAAGUAAUACUUGGCUGCAUGACCUUUGUAAAUGACGUGCUGAUGCUCGCUUCGCCGCCAACGUGCAUCCGAGCAAUAUCUUUGUCUUCACACUCGCUCACCCAGCCGUAAGCUUCUCACCACUGUAACGAUUUGACGAAUCUUCUUCCUCUUCGAUGGAUACCCCCUCUCAGCGCUCGCUAGAGCCGGGCGUUGGUGAUCCAGCCCCGGUGAGAUUUCCCAAGAUCCUCUUCCCUUCCUGCGUGGCCUACUGCCAUAGCAAACCAUGCUGUACAUAACGAAGGAAUAUGAAAGUUGGAACCCAAAUGUAAAGCGUUGAAUGCGCGCACGCGAUUCAUUAAGUGUGAAAUUGCCUUUGCGCCGAGUGGUUCACGAUGGGGCCGGAUGAAGCAAGCGCUGAGCGCCGCACGCUACAGCCCGGGUCAUACGAGAGUGCAAUUUCGCAUGUGCCGUGGCCCCGCAUGCUGCCAACAGCCAACCUUGGAACUGCGACCGACAGCAUUCACCAGGCCCGGUGGUCCGGCUGACUGUGCUGCGGUGCGACGAAACGGCUGUCACCAAGCACAGCGUCAGGGUCCCUGUGUACCAUGUACAAUGCUUGACAGUGAGCAUAGACGCUCGAGCUGCGCCUCGAAGCAUAACGAUUGGGGCACGGAGAUGGAUCGGACUAGGCUGGGUCUCAAGAACGCCCAGCGUGAGCUUCAGAGUAAGCUUAGAGUUUCUGGCCAGGCCAAUCGCAGGAUCGCCCCCUUGCGAAUCCGGAGGCGCAGGGGCACCAAACAGAUGGUCCCAGGAGCGGAGAAGAGGAGCGCACGACGGGCAUCAAGUCGUUGCGUCGCGCGCUCCACGUCGUGCCUGAGGCUUGCGCCGGCUGCUCGUCCAUGAUGCGGCGGGGCGCUGGUCGACGAGCGGCGUGCAGUCGCGCCGCGCGCAAGUAUCGAUUUCCGGUCAGGCGCUGCCGGUGCCUGGGCGCAAGGCUAUUCCUGGAAAUUAAGCAUGCCCGGCUGAGCAAGAAAUUGCAGCCGUCGCCAAAAGGCCGAAAUU